AAUUUCUUUUUUCAUAGAUUACUCCAUGAAGAUGAAAUUCGCCGGGAAGAAAUUGGCGAGGAUGGUAAGUUAAUUUGUUGUGUGCUGUAAGGUUUUAUUAAUUGGGCAUUUAGUUUUAACCGCUAUAUUUUCCCCUUGCAGUUGAAGGUCUAAAGAUGAAACUUCAAAAGAGAGAAAGAGAGGUGGAGAGCAAGAAACAAGAAUUAGUAAGUGCUGACAUACCCUGGGUGCCAGAGACUUUUCUAGCGCGGUUUCCGGUUUCUGUCGAUUCUUUAUAGUGAACCGCGCGACAAGUUUUUCCCGCGGCUUCGACGCUCGUGGCUUCGGCCUUCGGCCAACACCGAAAAUUACUGCCGCACGCAAGAAAAACCUCUGGCACCCAGGGUAGUGCUGACAAUAAUCAGAUACAUCGGCUUACUAUACAGGGAACCCCAAUAUUUAGUUCCAAGAGUAAAUUCUUUCUCAAAUGAUUUGGAAAAUGUAAGCGUAGUAUCGAGGUGAAGAUAAAGAACGAUGCAGAUGUAAUAAGUGCAUAUACAGGUUUUUCUUUAGUUUUCCCUGUUUGGGAAUAGUAAUUAUUCCAAUAAAUGUAUGUUAGUAUAGGGUAGUGAGUUGCAGAAUAAACUACUAUUAGUAAAAAAAGGUUUCGUUUCAUUAUUUUCUCUGUGCAAGAAGCUUGUUUUCAGUUACAGUCCAUACAUGCACUGACGUUAUUUUUUUCUUCACUGGUUAAGGUGGUAUCGAAAGUAUGUGCUUUUCAUGUUAUUUUUAUAACAGGAAGAGUUGAAGGAAGCAUUUGAUAAGAUGUCAGUGAAACUUGAACGAGAAUCGCAAGAAAGGGAAGAAGCAAUGAGACAAGUCCGUGAACAAGAAGCAAAACUGACCGAAGCUAACUCUAGGGUGGGUACAUCAAGGGACAAAAAAAAUGGCCCUUUUUUCUGAUUCCUUAUGAACCAAGAUGCUGAAACACAUUUCAGACUAAAACUGAACGAUAAGGAAUCGUCAUCGAAAGAUUAUUUAAUUUAAUAAUCAGUCAUUCUUAUUCCUUGCCUUCGUUAAAAAAUAAAAGAAAAAAAUGAAAACGAAAUCUGCAAACAAAGAUUAUAAAAGACGGUCGAGUUGUUCAAAGAGCAGUUACUUCAUAUGUGUUGGUCUUUGCACAGUGCUAAACUACAAUAACGUGCAGCUGACCAACUGAAGUGUUUCCUUUAAAUUAUUUAGUGAUAAUGUUGGACAGAAAACAAACAAUUGCAGCCUGUGUGCAUGAGCAUGGACUUUUGCUGCGCAGCAUACACUGCGUUUAACUCUCAGGGCUGAGUUGCUCAAAGCAUGGUUAGCUUUUACCAUUGGUUAAGCAGUAUCAAAACCAAUACGUUGUCAAGGUAUUAAACGCUGGUUAACGCUAACCAUGCUUCGAGCAACUGGGCCCAGGCCUCUAACGUCUGUCAUGCCUUUUAACGUUGAUCGUCUUAUUGCAGAUCGAGUCGGAAGGUCAAGAAAGACUCAAACUGCAAGAGAUCCUUAAAGGAGUUGGAGGAUCAAUACCAGAUGACGCUAAAAUAUCCAACCUCACCAGCGCUGUUGCUGCAGCAGCUAAAAGCUCGCCGAUGCAGGGUGUCUCUCCUCCUCCACCACCUCACCCUCCCCCUGGUGGACCUGCACCUCCCCCACCGCCACCCCCUCCUGGAGGGGCUCCCCCACCACCUCCACCACCUGGUGGGGCACCAGGUGGUCCUCCUCCACCUCCUCCCCCUGGAGGAAAAUCGGAUGGUGGACUUUUUGGUUUCGCUAAGCAACCGAACAGGAAGGCACCCAAACCGUCUCAGCCACUAAAGUCCUUUAAUUGGGCUAAAUUACCUGAUGUAAGUAUGGAAAAACAGCCUCACAAAACCAAACUGUAUGUAGUCGAGAUAUACUCUUGCUUAUUUAAGAAAAAAAUUUUUUGAUAUACAGAUCUGAAAAGUCUUAAGUUAGAUGAAAGUCUUAGUUCUCUAGGGCUUGUAGCUAUUCCUACUUAACGAUACAAUGCCUCUGCAUCAAUUCGAGGAGACUAUUCGCUAUUCUUUUUUUUUUGUAGUCCAAAAUAAAAGGCACAGUUUGGACAGACAUCGAUGACGCAAAGGUGAGAAGAAUCUGAGCUCAAUAAUCAUAUUUACAAUGUUGAAAGUUCGCAGGCCUCAGAGCUCUCAUAAUUUCUCAUUUUAUUGAUCUAAAUUGCAGUUCUUGUGAAUAUUUCAGGUUUAUGCAGUCAUGGAUUUUGAAGACUUCGACAGAAUGUUCUCUGCUUACCAAAGGAAAGAGGUAUGACUACGCCCUCGAAAGGAACCUUCCAUAUUUUAAAGGGGUUUUGUUCCUUGUGACACAUAGGCCUUGCAAUCAACUCCUUGAACUACUAGAACACGAGAUUCUGGAGAUUCAGUCAGUAGUACAAAAGUUAGGGAGGAGCAACAGUGGCGUUUCAAUCCAGCCAAUAAUCAUAGCGCUAAAUCUGCCCUUCAAAGAAAGUGAGCCAAUAAUUGAUACAGCAGUCCUCUAAGAAAACCUCCAGUAGCCGAGAUACCGUGGUCAGACCAAUCUGCAGUGCACAACUUGACAUCUUGUCUUUUCCUUCCUUCGCAACGUUCAUUCGGGGUCAGCUAACCGUUCAUGCACUUAUAUUUAAAGAUUUGGAGCAUAGACUUAAGGCCCUUUUUAUAUAGAGAAAACCUGUCCCGAAUGGAAGCGUCACUUUAAAACUUGGCGAACCGUUUACCUUAGAAACAAAACGUUGGCUCGGCUAGAAAGCCGGUUCAACGCCCUUUUUUAUGGGCGGGUCACCCUCCUAGCUCGCUCGGGUCGAGGCCAGACAAUCAGAGCAUGCGCGAGUGAGUGAGUGUGAGUUUGUUUUUUAUCACUUUUUUCAAAGAACCAUUUUUAUAUAUAUGUAGAAAGACAACAAGGAUGGCGCUGACAGUGUUUCAAGACCAAAGGAAUUGUCACUGAUUGAUAGCAGACGUGCUCAGGUUUGAACUCCAAUAAAAAUUCCGAUAAUUACUUUUAUUGAGGUAUCUAAAAUCAUACCCCUUUUUGUGGACAACGUAGUUGUAUUUCAAAAUAUAUGGAAACGUUGUUUUGAUCAAUAAUGAAAACUAGAAUGAAUAUGAGCUUUUUAGCUUUGAACACGAGAUAGAAUAAAGACGUCUUGCCAACGUCUCACCUUGUACAGAAUAAUUAGUUAGCACUACAGGGUAGUGAUUAGUCGUGGACAUUGUCCCAUUCUUGCAAACAGAAAAAUAGUUAUGCUCUAAUUUUUGUUAUUUCAGAACUGUGGUAUCCUGCUUUCCAAGUUGAAGAUGACAGACGAGGAAAUAACCAAAGCUAUUCUUUCUGUUGAUGAAAAUGACGAACUAUCAAAAGACAUGAUCGAACAGGUAUAAUGAUUAUGUUUCGUACUGCUACGAAACCUUGCUUCCUCGUUCGCAAAGAAUCGCAGAACUUGAAAUAUUCCUAAUCUCGUCGUUCCCUCUUCCGGGGUCAGCUUACCCUUCAUACACGACCAUUUAAAGGUUUUGAGCAAAGACCUAAGGCCACUGUUUUAUGGAGAAAACCUGAUCCGGGUGGAAUUGUCACUUCAAAACUUAGCGAACCGUUUACAUUAGAAACAAAACGUUGGCUUGGCUAAAAGGGUGGCCUGCUUAGACGUUUCACUCUUUUUCAGUGGUUGGGACACCCUCCUAGCUCGCCCAGUCGGGUCAGCUCGGUCAUGACAAGACAAUCAGAGCAUGCGCGAGGGUCAGCACUUGGUAUUAACUCUCGGGGCUCGAGCAAAGGAGUCAAUUUCGGUUGAGAGGGAAAAGGUUUUUGUCUUUACUCAAAGUAGAGAGCCAGUCAUUUACUUAAGACAAAACCAACAUUUAAUGUGGUGACCGGGAGCAAGUUAUUUUAAACUUCCGCUGCACGCGCUGAUUUUCUUUUAACGAAUAUGCGGCUAGCCUACCCUAGGUGCCAAAGACUUUUGUUGCGCGGUUUCCGGUUUCGAUCAAGCAUUUAUAUUAAGGCGCGCGGUUUUUUCUCGUGGCCUCCCCGCUCGUGACUUCGGCCUGCGGACGACACCGAAGCGUCCAGCCGCACGAGAAAAAAAACCUCUGGUACCCCGGGUAAUGUGCGGCGGCAUAGUAAAAAACGUUUGGUUACUUUGAUUAUCCCUUGUUAACGAUUGUUAUGUUUUGCUUCUUUGCAGCUUCUUAAGUAUGUCCCAACAUCAGAUGAGAAGAAUCUCCUUAACGCACACAACAAAGAUAUCGAGCAGUUUGCUCGGGCUGAUAGGUUUUUAUACGAUAUGUCCAGGUAAGAAUUAUAAAUUUAACGAUGCACACAGUUCAUCUCUCAGUCACCACUGCGGUGUGCAUAUCAAAAUAAAACAAAUCUGAAACUUAUUCGCCGCGUUCUUAGAAGCUGAUUUUGCAAAGCAAAAAAGUGGAAGCUAAACCAAAAAUCUCUAAGGGCCUGUUCACACUUAGUGGCCGGGCACUUUUGCCCGCGUCCCGGUGCAAAAAUGGUGGUGUGUUCACACGUUGGGUGCCCGAUAAGUAAACUGUGUACAUUUUUGCUCCUUUUGCUCCACUUCUGCACACAGGGACCUGGUGCCUUACUAAGCGCCCGAAUUCUGGGGUGGGUGUGUUUCCAUCCCAGUGAGUACCGUACUCGGUCACCUUGCCCGAGCACCAAUUGUGAAGGCUGUUUGGUGUUUACGAAUCUUUUUCUCAAUUCUUUAAACAGCCUAUUUGAUAUUCCUGCUAUAUAACAAGAGACGUCUUGGGUAGCGUUUUAUAAUAACGAUUUGGAUGGUUGAGUGAAUUGCCUGUUUUGGGGCUACUCCUUAUCAUUUUUCUGAAAGGACCAGUUGUAACGCAUUUGUAUUGUCUACUGUUUAGAAUUGUCCAUUACGAGCAGAGACUUAAGUCCCUGUUUUAUAAGAAAAGAUUUCCCGAAAGAAUGGGUGAAGUAAAGCCACGAGUACAAGGUUUGUUCUUAAAAUUUAUGUAUGCACUUUUUUUUUUCAUUCUGUUUGUACUGAGGAAUGUUUUCGUGUCAGCUGAUGCACAAGCGCAUUAGAUACCAUUCAUAUCACAAGAUAUGCGAUUCAGUGAUCAUUUAUACGGUUUUUAACCAAUGUAGAAUGAGUGAGAGAAUACUCGGGAACAGCUUUUCAGUAAAAGAUCAAAGGUAGUAUGAAACACUAAGCAAGAUUAAAGCGGAUUUGUAGAUCUUUGUAUUUGACGCGUACGUUUUGUUUCGGCUUAAGGUAACAUGGAAAAACCGAAAAUUCCGGUUGAAAAGUCAAUUGUUUUCACGCCAGUCAUUUUAGGAAGCUUUAGGAAUUUUUUCACUCUUUCUAGUCUGUUCAGCUGAACUGGAUAUAGUUUGUAUCGGGUUGUUCUCCCACCACGUCAAAUUUAUAUUUUUAUGUUUAUGCACUUGAUUUCCACCUGGGUGGUUUUUGUAAAUGAUACAGUUUAACCACAUCAGAGCGUGGUCUGAUGUGGUUGUCGUUUUUAAAAAUUCGCCAACCAAAGUUACGAAAUAAGUUGCUACAGAAUGAUGUCUGAUUUUUGAUUACUUCAUGAUUUUCAUUGCCAAUUUUUGUUGGCUAGUGAUAUAUUUGUGCUAGUUUUAGUUUUACAAAGUGAAAAGUUUUUUGUUCUCUUUUUUAUUAUUUUUGCAGCUGUACUGGAGGCGUCUAGAGAAGUUCAAAGAAGUCAAAGGCUUAGAAUUUUGCUUGAAGUUGUUCUUGCUUUUGGCAACUACAUGAAUCGAGGAGCGAGAGGAAAUGCUUCAGGUAAGAAUUUAGUUAUUCAGUAUAAGAAGAAUAAUAUAUAGAUUUAGCCAGGACUAAAAGCGGAGCCUCCGUUUAUGUACGUAUACCAAGCUAAAGGUCAAACAAAAGAAACUUCAUGAUUUUUCACUUGAACAACUCCAUUGGCUGCCCGAAGUGAACAAGUUGAAUUUCGCUUAAGACAAACGUAAGUUGUAUUUCUUGGAUUCCCCUUUCCCCUCCCUAGCGGAGUGUACUUAGUCCCUCCCUGAGAGUCUGUACGGGGGUACAUACGUACGCUGACAUAAUAACCAAAUUUUCUCGCGGAAGGUCCAUCGCGCGAGCGGGCGCGGAUGUUCCGCUGUUAUCGUUUUUUUCUGAGUUUGAGCUGUCUGAGUUUUAACAUGGUUGCCACAAGUUAGCAAACGGUUAGGAAACAGGGGCCCAUCUUGGGCCCUUGUUAGGAAGCAAUAAAGUCCCUUGAGAGUAAGACAAAACUGUGGCUAAUUUACUUCUUUCAGUAAAAAAAUGCAGUUUUACCAAAAAUCAGGAGAAAUUGGAAUUAUAACACCAAAGAUUUAACACCACUGAAGGUCGGGAGAAGAGUAUUACAUCGCCAUAAUCUUAAGAAUGGUUUCCGUUAAUGAAAAAGGUAGAUAAAAAGUUUAUGUCGUCUUAAAAAAAGGACGGAAAAUGAAAAGAGCGGCGUUAAGGAAAAACUGGCCUAACAUUAUGUAUUUGUUUCAUUGGUCAGGUAAAUUUCCUUUUUGUAGUCUGAAUUGUCAUCCGUCUCUUCGCCCUACCCCCCCCCCUCCCCUCCCUCUCAACGGGCGGCAAGGCCCUGGCGUCGUUGAGGAGGGUGGUAGUGGGGUGAAGAGACGCAUGACAUUUCAGACUAUCCUUGUAGGGGAAAGUCAGGAGAUUUUGAAAACUGGUGUCUGUGGCGGCUAUGUUUAAAGUGAUGUGAAAAAAGCAGACGUAUUGGUGUACGAGUACGAUUAUCUUGUCGGUUUUUGUAGUCAGCGUUCGUUAUCAACAAACAAUUUCAUUUUAUAAUUUUCUCUUAUUUAUAGGUUUCAAGCUGGCUAGUUUAAACAGAAUAAUCGACACCAAAUCCAGCUCAAAUUCGAAAAUAACUCUUCUUCAUUACCUUAUUAUGGUCUUGGAGAGAAAGGUAAAAUCCUUACGUAUUUCUAACAAGUGAACUCCACUUAUGACUGUGUCCACACGACUCCGUUGUUUCGCCUUGCAAACGCAUAUAACCUAGCUUAUGCUUUAACGGCUCCCGCCCACACGGAGUGAACGAUUUUAAACUGAUGUAUUUGUAAACAGUAUCCAGUCCGGCUAAUUCGUAAACCGCAUAACACCUUAAACCCUAACAUUCUCUACACUGUUUUCCAUUCGUUUCUUAUGGCAUUGGUGAGGAGAAUUUAAAAUGAAGACCUUUUUCGCUGGUUGAUUAUUUCUUAUGACCUUAAUAUUCGAUUAAACUGAACUUAAGCGAGCCGAUGUGGACAUGGCUUGACUUGUCAGGCACGAGAAAAAUGUACAAAUGGCAUCAAGAGUUCAAGGGUGCGGCAACAAAAACGCGCAAGUUGCCUUGCAAAAUUGCGGCAAAACGAGUUGAAGAGUUUUACUACCCUCGUUCAAAUGUGUCUUGCAACAAAUCAGGUUGUUGCAAGUUUCGUGAAUACUGACAUCUGAUUGGAUAAAAUUACGCGGUAGUCACGCCAUACACGGGAGUUACGUCACUUGCUGCAAAACAAGUUUGUCUUGGGCCGGUAAAACACGCAACAGGUACAGAUGUUUGUGCAAAAAGAGGCUACUCUCUAGUUACUGCAACUACCUGUUUGUUGCAAGAGAGGUUGAUUCGUGGGUGGCAAAACAUGAAAGACCGCUAUUCAACUCAUUUUGCAGCAAUGUUGCAAAUCAAGUUGAUCGUUUUUGUUGUACGUUUUACCGUACAUUAACAAUGGGUACGAUGGACAGAAAACAUGCAGUGGGUGCUUAUAUCCGGGGGGUGUAUUUUUUAUUUACAGGUAGAUAGGUCUAUAACGAGGAGCUUAUAAGGGGGAGGGGAGCUUAUAAGCGGCGGUUUACGGCAUUAUGGGAGUGAUUUCCUUUCUCGCCUCUUUUUUACAGUAUCCUGAGGUCCUAAAACUGGAAGAAGAGCUCGCGCACGUCAGAUCGGCUGCUAAAGUCAAGUGAGGGAUACACUACUCCCUACGAUAAGUAAUAUAUCAAGCAUGAGACGUCGUGUUUCAUCCGAGAAGAGAGUUGAAAAUACGACGCGCAGCGGAGUAUUUUCGACCAACUUUGAGAUGCUUCAUCUGGUGAUGGAACACGUUGUCGAACGCUUGAUAUUACUUCUCAAACAAAAUGAUUUUAGAAGGAGAAAUUAAGGAUACAAAAAUGAGCAGUUUUUCAUCUGAUUUCCAAACACUCAUUAAACAGUAAUUUCCUUUGUAUUUCUUUAUGAAUUAUUAAUGUAUUUGAGUUUAAUGAAGUCGUUUGACACCAAAAGUGAGGUUGAAUGGGGAGGGUACCAUGUAUAACCUAUGUCGAAGGAUACUAUAUGAUUGCAGAGUACAUUUUUUCCUUGACGUGUUUUAUGAACGUCUGAUUUUAAGGGCAUCUCGCCAUCUUAAUUUAUUUCAGUCUUAGGUCUACUAUCAUGCUUGUAAUGCGUGCACAUCACAAUAAUGAAUUAAGCGUCCCUCCUUAGAAUUUUUGCCCCUUUUCUCUUCUAACCCUUCUUUUUUUCUGUGGUUUUAGUUUAAACGAUUUGGAGGCCGAAACGGGCACUAUCAAGAAAGAAAUAAAAGAGGUUGAAAAGGUAAGCAGACACAUAUAAAACGAUGAGAAAUAACAUGGAAAAUUUAAUCGUCUCACUGUGAACUAAAUUAGUAAUUUCUAUGCUUUCAAGGAGCUGGAAUUUCAGCAUAAGAAAAAGGAACGCGUUCAUGGAGACAAGUUUGUAGAAUCUGUUGGGUCGUUUGUGAAAGUCGCACAGUUCUCGUUGUCAGAACUGGACGAUUCGUGGAAGGAUAUGAAGCAAAAGGUAACAGUAUGUUAUUGGCUUGGUCAUCUUCAUUUUAAGUUAGUCACUGAAUAAACAAUUCAUUUUGACAAUUAGUGAGUCAGUCAGUCAGUUAGUUGAGUCCGCGGUGGAGUCAGUCUGUUAGACAGUCAGUCUGCCAGUCAGUCAGUCUGUCAGUCAGUCAGUCAGUCAGUCAGUCAGUCAGUCAACCGGUCAGUUGUCAUAUAGCCAGUUAGCUUCUUAACCAGGAUGACACAUGUUUUGUUUUUUACGAUGCUAUGCCGUAACAUGACCCCGUAAAAUAACUAACAGGGUAGCUUGUUCCAGCGAUUUAGAUGGUCGCGACAAGCGAAGGUGACGGGAAAGGCGAGGACGUCUUCCUGCAUGUAUCACUGCCCUCGUCUUUCCUUUUCGCGUGUGGAGACCGCGAGAUACAUAACAAGUUUUCGAUGAAAACGCUCAGUGUAUUAGUGUGGACGGAAGGCCUAAACGCAUCGAAAUGAAUGCGUUUUCAAACGGAAACGCGUUUAUAUGGACGGGGCCUUAAUCUUGUUUUCUCUGUCGGUUAUCUAGUACGCCAAAGCAGUAUCCAUGUUUGGAGAGGAUCCCAAGCAGUUUCAGUCAGACGAAUUUUUUGGCCUGUUUUCUGCAUUCCUGGUUUCUUUUGCGGUAAGAAAACUUUAUUUGAUAACGAGGUCAUCAACUCUCAAUCCUUUUCCUCCUUUAAGAAAAUGCUAAAGAUUGAAUUAUUAAGUAAAUAUGAAAACCGAUCUUCCAUAUUAGACUUUACACCGUCUUUUGCUCAAUUGAUGUAAACAGCUCUAGCCCAUAGUUCGAGGAGGCCUAACCUCUCAUAAGCUCCCAUAGUUUCGCCACUUGUUUUUUCUACGUAUCCUAUAUUAUUUGUAAUUCAUUUUCCUGUAUGGUGUGGCAAGUAAAAUGAAAAAAGUCCCUCAGAUUUCGUCUUAGCAGUUGUAGAACAAGCGUGCAAAUGUUCCUUGUUUUCGUUCACAGGAGGCGAAACAUCAGAACGAAGAGAUGAAGAAAAAGAAAGAGCAAGAGGAAAGAAAAGCCCAAGCGCUAGCCGAGGUAAAAUUUUGGUUUACCUAAGAACCUUUUUUGGUCAAGCGCGAUGCGAACGACGUAACUGAGCGCGGGGCGCACGUCUGCGCGCUCUCUCAGCGUUUCUGAAGUCGCGAGUUCUCGUUUUUAUAAUAGUUUUAUAGUUAAUUUUUUAAAUAUUCACAAAAAUGAAGGAAAUCUAUUACAGAAAGCCGCAAGAAACGAAAAAUAACCCUACUCGUCGAAAUGCGCGAUGCUCGCUGAUUUCCUUUGCAAAAAAUGGAGCUCCCUUAUAUGCAGAUAAUAAGCUUGAGGGUGAAUAGGACAAUUGCACGAUGACGUCAUUUUACUACAACUACCAGAAUCCUUGAGUUUGUUGUUUUUUUGUGCAAAUUAAGGCUAUUGUUCUUUAACCCUGAGCGGGAUUGACAAAUUUAAAUAACAAAGCAAAACCGAAAUGAAUUCUGGUAGUUUUAGUCAAAUAUCGUCAUCGUGCAAUUGUCCUAUUGCCACUACCGCUUAAUUUUUACGUGCGUACGCACGUAAAUUUAACGCGCGUAAAUAAAAUACAGACCAUGUUUGACAGUUGGAGAUGGGACGUACAUUCAAAGGUUAGAGGCUAUUUUUGCUGAAUACUCGCAAGGUUUAAAACGUUCUUAGUCAAAUCCAUUUUGAUUACUUUGCAGCAAAAAGAGCGAGACCGACAGAGAUCAGCUGCCAAGAAACUUAUUCACCACAAUUCAGUACCAGAAAAGAAGAAUAACAGAAAAGUUAGCGGACCUGGGGAGAAUAGGGGCGAGUUUGACGACUUGAUCUCGGCUCUUCGCACAGGUGAUGUCUUUGGCGACGAGCUCAGUAAAAUGAAAGGACGGAGACGGACGGCGCCGCCGAAGCAGGCUCGGAGAGUCGAAAAUGUUUCCGAACGCGAACGAGCUUCCCCGAAGAUUGCAACAAAGUUUUAA